CUUUUUGUCUCGUUCUCUGAUAUCCCUCCCAUCCCUGGCAACAGCCUCAACAAUAACCCUAACCGCAACUCUCUGCUCCUCCACCACCCAACAAGACCCCACCCCUUCACCAUCACCCUACCCAUCAACCAGCUCACCCCCCUCACCCCCAACCUCGACUCCGCCAUCUGCAACCUCAGCAUAACAACCACAUCCUCCGACCUCAACCCAGCCAGCGUAUCCUGCACCGUCUACGCCCCAACCUCUCACCCCAGCCUCAACAACCCCCUCGCCUCGAUCCUGUCCCCCACCCACCCCAUCCAAAACCUGCACCUAGGAAGCGCCCUCUGCAUCGCCCUACCCCGCAACAGCCUCUUCCACCGCGCCCUCCACCUCCUCAACCCAGACGCCCCCGAAAAGCGGCAUACAGAAACGGCAAAAGACAAACGCGCAGCAGAAGCAGCUCCUAAUACGGGGACAAUAGGCGGCGCCACGUCGACUUCGACGGGUGGCGAGUCGAAACCUACUGAAAAGUUGGGUCCUCAUCCAAAGAAGAAGAUGAAGAUGAGGAAAGAUGAGGUGGGAGAGGAGGAGAAGAAAAGGGAUGCGAAACCGACGGAUAAGGAAAUUAUGACGCCGACUGGGGUGGCUGGGAGUAAACCUACGGAUAAUGUGGGGGAUAAGAAGAAGGGAGGGAAGAAGAGAGAGGAGAAUGAAGAAGAAGAUGAAGAAGAAGAGAGUAGAGAGGGUGUGGGCAAGAGGGGGGUGGUGACUUAUGUUGAUGCUGCGCCUGGGGGUUUGAGGAGUGAGAUGGGGAUUUUUGGGGUGGUUGGGUUGGCGAUUGGGAUUGCGGCUGUGUUGAUGUAG